AGUACGUACAGUUUAUUUCUUUGCCAUUAUCUAAACUCUAAAGGACGCCCCUAAGUUUGAUGCCCGACUCUCGGCCGAAAUAUUUUGCUUCCCUUUUCCCAGGAGCUCAUUACGUAGGCCAGCAAAAGAGCAAUCACAAUAGUUUCGAAGUUGAAGUGGAGAUAAAACAUGUAGAUCUUAGUGAUUCUUUUUUAUGUGGUUACCUUCGCAUAGAACAUCUUACCGAGGAGUUUCCAGUUAUCACCACAUUUUUUGAGGCGGACAUUAUUGGAGAGAAGUACUCCUUUUUGACAAGAAAAUGGGAUACUAAUGAAGAGGUAGACCGUAAACACUGGGAGAAGUUCGAGCCCUUUAAACAAUACAGCCAAGUUUUUAACAACGAAGAUUUCCAUUAUGACUUUUAUAACUCGCAGUACAUUUUUAUGAGAUGGAAGGAACAGUUUCUUGUUCCCGACCAUCGCAUAGAGGACAUUGCAGGCGCGAGUUUUUCAGGCUUCUACUACAUUUGCUUUGAUCGAGUCUCUGAAACUUUUCAGGGUUUCUACUACCACCAGAAGUCUCAGUGGUUUCAAUCUCUCAAGUUAAAACGCAUAUUGAACAGAACCUUUCCGGUAUUUGAGUUUCGCUAGAUUUUACAAUAUCAAGUUUAUUGUCUGCAGCACCGACUUUUUUAGGUGUAACUUAUUUUAUAAUAAAGAUUUGUGUCGCGUGGGAAGUGUUCUUUUAUCCUUAUACUUUUAGAAAGAGUUUAUCGAAGUAUGAUUGUUAUGGUCUCAAAGAAACUGAAAGGGAUAUUUAACGUGCUACAAUUAUAAAUCGGGCUUAGAUCCCGCGACCGAGCUUGGACUAUUUGUGCACACUCGACACUCUGUUACCAGCUGGAGAGAGACUUGAAAAUGAAAACAAAUUUAAUGCUUUAUACUUUGAUGUCACAAGUAUUGAAAAGUACUCAAAUGUCGACUCCAAUCGCGCAAUAACCUGACAAAUUUAACCUUGGAUUUCGUAGUGUUUACACAUUGGACGCGUCAAAAUGGCAGGCUUAAACAAAAUUGCUAAAAAAAACCCCCAAACCCUUAAGUUCAA